AUGGGCCGUCUUCAUUCCAAGGGAAAGGGUAUCGCCUCCAGCGCCAUCCCCUACUCGCGCGCUCCUCCCGCAUGGCUCAAGACCACUCCCGAGCAGGUCGUUGACCAGAUCUGCAAGCUCGCCCGUAAGGGUGCCACCCCUUCGCAGAUUGGUGUCGUCCUCCGUGACUCCCACGGUGUCGCCCAGGUCAAGGUUGUCACUGGUAACAAGAUUCUCAGAAUCCUCAAGUCCAGCGGUACGGUCCACCCCNGCCUUGCCCCUGAGAUCCCCGAGGACCUCUACAUGCUCAUCAAGAAGGUAUGUUUGCACUCCUACCAAAACUUCUGCGCCCGGUUGGCUGACACAAUUCUCUCAGNNGCUGUUGCCGUCCGCAAGCACCUCGAGCGCAACCGCAAGGACAAGGACUCCAAGUUCCGCCUGAUUCUCAUCGAGUCCCGUAUCCACCGUCUGGCCCGUUACUACAAGACCGUCGGUGUCCUUCCCNCCACCUGGAAGUACGAGUCCUCGACCGCCUCCACCCUCGUCGCAUAA